AUGGUUAGUGAGGGGCUUGAGGAUUAUAAGUCAGCACAGAGUUUUCAAGAUGGAGAUGCAGCCACUACUACUGCUAGAGUACAACUGAAGAAAUGGCAAAAACCAGAUGUUAAUGAGGUGAAAGCCAACUGGGAUGCUGCUACAGACAUGGAGGCUAAAAGAAUGGGGAUGGGGAUUGUAAUUAGAGACGAGGAAGGGGAAGUGUUGGUGUUUAUUUGUGAUGUCAGAAAACAUGUUGUAGAUCCUGCUUUAGCUGAGAGUUGGGCAUUAUGGAAAGCUUUAGAAAUAUGCAAUGAACUUGCUUUGUCAAAGGUGAUCUUCGAAGGAGAUGCAGCAUCUGUCAUCAACAGGAUCAACAAAGAUGUGGAAGACCAGUCGUCGAUGGGGCAUAUUCUGGAAGAUAUCAAACAAUUUUUUAAAGGGAAAAGGGAGUGGAAUGUAAGGUUUGUGCCUAGAGAUGGGAAUAGAGUGGCUCAUCUGCUAGCCAAACAUGCUCUAGUUCUAGGUGAGGAAAAAAUUUGGAUUGAGGAGGGACCGUAUGUAAUAUGCAAUGCUGUAUUGCAUGACAAAAACUGUAAUGUCCUGAAUGAUGAGUAA